GGGGCGAGGCCAGGGAAUCCGGCCGCGGAGGCUCUGCUCUGUGAGCUCUGCAGCUGCGAUUCUUCGGUGGAAGGCGGGCCGGAGCUCUGUUCUUCGUGGCUGCAGUAACGAAGGGCUCCCGCCGACUGUUGCCUGCAUGGGCCUGAGCAGUCUGUCUGCGAGCAAGCCGUGGCAUUUAAAAAAUAUUUAACCAUUCAUGAGUUGAGCCUCAUUCUUGAGUUAUGGAUGACAAGGCCUCUGUUGGAAAAAUCAGUGUCUCUUCAGACUCAGUGUCUACUCUUAAUAGUGAAGAUUUUGUCUUGGUUUCCAGGCAAGGAGAUGAGACACCAUCUACAAAUAAUGGGAGUGAUGAUGAGAAGACAGGACUCAAGAUUGUAGGGAAUGGAAGUGAGCAGCAGCUUCAGAAAGAGCUAGCAGAUGUGCUGAUGGAUCCUCCUAUGGACGACCAACCGGGGGAAAGGUCACAACUGGAUGGUGAAGGAGAUGGGCCUCUUUCUAAUCAACUCUCAGCUUCAUCCACCAUUAAUCCUGUGCCUCUGGUAGGGCUUCAGAAACCAGAGAUGAGCCUGCCAGUGAAACCUGGACAAGGAGAUUCUGAAGUGUCAAGUCCUUUUACACCAGUGGCUGAUGAGGAUAGUGUGGUUUUCAAUAAACUAACUUACUUAGGCUGCGCCUCAGUAAAUGCUCCCCGGAGUGAAGUAGAAGCCUUGAGGAUGAUGUCCAUCUUGAGAAGUCAGUGUCAGAUUUCUCUGGAUGUAACCCUCUCAGUACCAAAUGUUUCUGAAGGAACUGUGAGACUUUUAGACCCUCAAACGAACACUGAAAUAGCGAACUACCCUAUCUACAAGAUCCUCUUCUGUGUCAGAGGGCACGAUGGGACUCCUGAGAGUGACUGUUUCGCAUUCACUGAAAGUCACUACAACGCAGAGCUCUUCAGGAUACAUGUCUUUCGCUGUGAAAUACAAGAAGCUGUAAGCCGGAUACUUUACAGUUUUGCCACCGCCUUCCGCCGCUCUGCCAAGCAGACCCCACUCUCAGCCACAGCUGCACCACAGACUCCUGACAGCGACAUCUUUACCUUCUCUGUGUCUUUAGAAAUAAAAGAAGAUGAUGGUAAAGGUUAUUUUAGUGCUGUCCCCAAAGACAAGGACAGGCAGUGCUUUAAACUCCGCCAGGGGAUCGAUAAGAAGAUUGUCAUCUGCGUGCAGCAGACAGCUAACAAAGAACUUGCCAUUGAGAGGUGUUUUGGUCUUCUCCUUAGUCCAGGAAAAGAUGUCCGAAAUAGUGAUAUGCACUUGCUGGAUUUGGAGUCUAUGGGCAAAAGUUCAGAUGGAAAGUCAUAUGUAAUUACUGGAAGCUGGAAUCCGAAAUCCCCACAUUUUCAAGUUGUGAAUGAAGAAACUCCUAAAGAUAAAGUGCUGUUCAUGACAACAGCUGUGGAUUUGGUGAUAACUGAAGUACAGGAACCUGUUCGAUUUCUUCUAGAGACAAAAGUUCGAGUAUGCUCACCUAAUGAAAGGUUAUUCUGGCCCUUCAGCAAACGGAGCACUACUGAAAACUUCUUUCUGAAACUGAAGCAGAUAAAGCAGAAAGAGAAAAAGAAUAAUGCUGACACUUUAUAUGAAGUUGUGUGUUUGGAAAGUGAGUCAGAGAGAGAAAGGAGGAAAACCACAGCCAGUCCUUCAGUUCGCCUGCCACAGUCUGGAUCCCAGAGCUCCAUGAUCCCCUCUCCUCCAGAAGAUGAUGAAGAAGAAGAUAAUGAUGAACCUCUCUUGAGUGGAUUUGGGGAUGUAUCCAAAGAAUGUGCAGAAAAAAUUCUUGAAACAUGGGGAGAACUGCUGUCAAAAUGGCAUCUCAACUUGAGUGUGAGACCGAAGCAGUUGUCAUCCUUAGUGAGGAGUGGUGUUCCUGAAGCUCUUCGUGGAGAAGUCUGGCAGCUGCUAGCAGGCUGCCACAACAACGAUCACUUAGUAGAAAAAUACCGAAUUCUCAUCACAAAGGAGUCUCCUCAAGACAGUGCUAUCACCAGAGAUAUUAACCGCACGUUUCCAGCUCACGACUAUUUCAAGGACACGGGAGGAGAUGGACAAGAUUCCUUAUAUAAAAUAUGCAAGGCAUACUCUGUGUAUGAUGAAGAGAUUGGUUACUGCCAGGGCCAGUCCUUCCUCGCAGCUGUGCUGCUUCUCCAUAUGCCUGAAGAACAGGCAUUCAGUGUUCUGGUCAAGAUCAUGUUUGACUAUGGUCUCAGGGAACUUUUCAAGCAGAAUUUUGAAGAUCUACAUUGCAAGUUCUACCAGUUGGAGCGCCUUAUGCAGGAAUAUAUUCCUGAUCUGUACAACCACUUCCUGGAUAUCAGCCUUGAAGCGCACAUGUAUGCUUCCCAGUGGUUCCUUACACUUUUCACUGCAAAAUUCCCUCUCUACAUGGUCUUCCAUAUCAUCGACCUGCUCUUAUGUGAGGGAAUAAGUGUCAUCUUUAAUGUCGCCCUUGGAUUACUAAAGACUUCCAAGGAUGACUUGCUGCUGACAGACUUUGAGGGUGCCUUGAAGUUCUUCAGGGUUCAGCUCCCUAAAAGAUACCGCUCAGAAGAAAAUGCAAAGAGGCUCAUGGAGCUUGCCUGCAACACAAAGAUAAGCCAAAAGAAGCUGAAGAAGUUUGAAAAAGAGUACCAUACCAUGAGGGAGCAGCAGGCCCAACAGGAAGACCCCAUCGAGCGAUUUGAGCGGGAAAAUAGGCGGCUACAAGAAGCUAACAUGAGGUUGGAACAGGAAAACGAUGACUUAGCUCAUGAGCUAGUCACUAGCAAAAUUGCAUUGCGGAAGGACCUGGAUAAUGCAGAGGAAAAGGCAGAUGCAUUGAAUAAGGAGCUACUGAUGACCAAGCAGAAGCUGAUUGAUGCAGAAGACGAGAAGAGGAGGUUAGAAGAGGAGUCUGCACAGUUAAAGGAAAUGUGCCGCCGGGAACUUGACAAGGCAGAAUCGGAGAUUAAGAAAAACAGCUCUAUCAUAGGUGACUAUAAGCAGAUUUGUUCUCAACUAAGUGAAAGACUGGAAAAGCAACAGACAGCCAAUAAAGUGGAAAUUGAGAAAAUCCGGCAAAAGGUAGAUGACUGUGACCGCUGCAGAGACUUCUUCAACAAAGAAGGGCGAGUGAAGGGUACCAGCUCAUCCAAGGGGGUUUCAGAUGAGGACACAGAUGAAGAAAAAGAGAUACUCAAGAACCAGCUGCGGGAGAUGGAACUAGAGCUGGCACAAACCAAACUGCAGUUGGUAGAAGCUGAAUGCAAGAUCCAGGACUUGGAACACCACUUGGGCCUUGCCCUCAGUGAGGUACAGGCAGCCAAGAAGACCUGGUUUAACCGAACACUGAGCUCCAUAAAGACAGCAACUGGCGUUCAAGGGAAAGAGACAUGCUGAGAACAGCUGCUGCCUCCAGACACCUCCAGAAAACACACCACCUUUUGUUGCCUUCUUUGGCCAGAUGUGUGAUUCUGUGAUAUGUUGCAGGACCAGAAUGUACCUAGGUCAGAGCUGUAUAGUGUUUGGUAGGUCAGUGGGCUAGGGCUCCUGCAGCAGGCUGCCAACCUAACUGAUGCUUUGGGCAUGCACCAGAGACCUUCCUCCUAGUGCCAUUCAGGCCUCUUUUCUGUAUAGGAACACUUCACGCAGCCAGACUUGGGGUAUCCCCCAGUGUAUUGGGUUUUCUUUUUCUAAACCCUUUUAAAAAAAUUGUGUGUGUAUGUGUGUAUACAUACACACACAUGCACACACACUGUCCUUUGAGUAAGGGAGCAAGGGUUCAGAAAUUUGAGUAAUUCUUAUCAGUGCCAGCAAAAGCCCCCAGAGAGAUGAGAAGCACUUUGAGUAGAAGGGUCUCAUAGUCACAGUACAAGUCACCUAAUUUUGUUAAUAUAGUGCAUAGGUUUUGAUUUCAAAUUAUUCACAUUGCUGAGCAAUUCUAUGCAACUCUCAUAGUCGUGUCAUUAUUAUUAUUAUUAUUAUUAUUAUUAUUAUUAUUUUUAAAUCAUUAGCUGCCAAAACUACUUCUAAAGGCUGGAAUGGGCCACAUGACUGUGAGACUGAAUCAAUCAUGACGUGGACAGCUCUUUCUUUGUUUAAAGUGUCAAGUGUACAUAUAUUUGUGUGUAUAUAUAUAUGUGUGUGUAUAUAAAUAUAUAUAUAUAAAUACAUUUCCCAGUACCCUGCACUGACAGUGUUUAAGUCCCAGACAACCUGCUAAUCUACCACUGCCAUCUGUGGUUAUGGGGCACCUUUCACUCAAGAUUUAUUGGGCUCUGUUCUUCCGCCAUUGUAGGAGCUGGCAAGAGCUCCUUGACCUUAAUGUUUGCAUAGCAGGUCGUUCAAGGGAGGAAGACUGAAUACAUGAAAAUAUGUACACACUGUAAGGUCCUACUUUCCUGGCUGGAUCUCUGUCAGGCCUCUGUAGCCAGCCAUAGUGGACAGGUAUAGAUCUCACUGGUCAGAUGAUGGGCUGUGGAUUCUCACUUUAAAGCUAUGAAACAGCAUUUUUAGCACCUUUUUUAAAAUUAAAAACAAAGCCUUUUGACUCUUUAAUUUAUAUGCUGACAAGUGGUCUCACAAGUGGCUCAUCCUCUCUGCUCUGUGUGCAGGUAGCUUGGGUUUGUAUAUAAGGACACGAGUUAUUUUUUUCUUCUCCUGUUGGCUUUACUAAUGCUUGAUGAAGUCAUCUACAGUGGGGAGAUAAUAAGUGGCCUGCUCUUCCCCCACACCAUCCCCUACCACUUUCUGUGUCUGUCUUGUUCAGUUAACCCAAACAGUAUAAGCCCAUCUAAAACUAGGUGUGUGGACAUUGUGUGCUAGGGUAGGUUGUGCGUCAACUUUAUGAACUGAAAUAUAAACCAGUAAAAUUGUAUUACUAUUUCUUUUGUUUGUUUUAACAACAUAUUCAUUAAAUAUUUUGGUACAAACAGCAUUGCUU